CGUCAUACGCGCGCGCGCAGCCGCUCGCAGGGACAACCGCUCGCCGGGACAGCCGCAGAGCUCUCAUGGCGAGCUCGGCCGCUUCCUCCGUGCGACCGCCGAGGCCCAAGAAAGAGCCGCAGGCGCUCGUCAUCCCCAAGAAUGCGGCGGAGGAGCAGAAGCUCAAGCUGGAACGGCUAAUGAAGAACCCGGACAAAGCAGUUCCAAUUCCAGAAAAAAUGAGUGAAUGGGCACCUCGACCUCCCCCAGAAUUUGUCCGAGAUGUAAUGGGUUCAAGCGCUGGGGCCGGCAGCGGAGAGUUCCAUGUGUACAGACAUCUGCGCCGGAGAGAGUACCAGCGACAGGACUACAUGGAUGCCAUGGCUGAGAAGCAAAAAUUGGAUGCAGAAUUUCAGAAAAGACUGGAAAAGAAUAAAAUUGCUGCGGAGGAGCAGACUGCAAAGCGUCGGAAAAAGCGCCAGAAGUUAAAAGAGAAGAAAUUAUUGUCAAAGAAGAUGAAACUUGAACAGAAGAAACAGGAAGAAGCUGGUAUUACCAGAACCAGAUCAGAACCAGGCAACCCAGUGCUGAGAGGCCUCUCAGGAUCACAGUUCCCUAGCACAAGAACGGAAGAUUUCCUACCUGCUGUUCCAGAUAGGGGUACCAACGAGCCUUGGUUUAACAGGGAGUUUCCCAAUCACCUCAAGGGCAGUGUGGGAUGGCUGAAGGAUUCCUCAACCCAGAAGAGAAGACUCCAAUUAAAGCAGCAUUUGGGGGACUUCCCUGGUGGUCCAGUGGGUAAGACUUCGUGCGCCCAGUGCUGGGGCCCUGGGUUCGAUCCCUGGUCGGGGAACUAGAUCCCACAUGCAUGCUGCAACUAAGAGUCUGUGUGCCACAACUAAAAGAUCCCACGUGCCACAACAAAGACCUGGCGCAGCCAAAAUAAAUAAAAUUUUUUUAAGUAUUUUGCUCAAAACCAGACCACCAAGUUCUAUGCUUUCUCCUCCCCCACCCCCCAACGGAAAAAUUCCAUUCAAGGCAACCCAGUAGGGAAGAAUAUCCUUGUGUGGUCACCUGCAAGGUUCCACUACUUACCAGACAUCUCACAGACCAGAACUAGAGCCUUGUUUCCUUCACCAUGGAAUUGAAAGUGCCAUGGGCCAGUGACACCAAGUCAGCAGUAAGCACUCAGAACUGUCCCUGAGACAAAGGUGCUCAGACAGCUGCUGGACAGGAUCUGAGAGCUGCAACCAGCCAGGGGCCUAUGUGCCACAGGCAAGACACACCCACUCUGGAUGGGAAUUCCAUCUGGGUCACCAAAAUUGUUACUGAACUAAGCCAAUCUACUGAUACCUAGUUGUGGUGAAGGAAAGUACAGUGUUUACUGAGGGCACCAGGCAAGGAGAAAGGGAAGCUCGUGCCCAAAAGACCCAAACUCCCUGAUGGCUUUCAGAGAAGGUUUUUUAAGAACAGUGUGAGGGAAAGGGUCACAGGUGGGUAAUCAGCUCCUGUACAAUGCUCUGGUUGAUGAUGAGAUAACAGGAUGAUGUAUCAAGAAUCACAGUUAUCGGGCUUCUGGUUCCAACUGGUCUGGGGUCUACGUGCUGGUGGUCAGCAUGCAGUUAACUUCCUCCAACUGGUGGGGGUUUAGUUUCUGCAAAACAACUCAAGGGUAUGGCUCAGGAUAUUAUCUGUAUCCCUGGAGAAGGAACUAAACGUUCUUGACUUUGUUUUAUGGCUAAACUAUUAUUUUGUCUUGCUUGACUGCUUUCCUUUGUUUCUGCAUUUUCUCAAUCUGAUUAAAUUUGCUCUUUGGAAAAGCAAACACUCCUGCACUGUUGGUGGGAAUGUAAGUUGGUGCAGCCACUGUGGAAAACAGUAUGGCGGUUCCUCAGAAAACUAAAAAUAGAAUUACCACAUAUAUGAGGGACUUCCCUGGCAGUCCAGUGGUUAAGACUCUGCACUUCCACUGCAGGGGGCACAGGUUCAAUCCCUGGUCGGGGAACUAAGUUCUCAAAUACCAUGUGGUGCAGCAAAAAAAAAAAAAAAAAGAAUUACCAUAUGAUCCAGCAAUCCUACUCCUGGGCAUAUAUCCAGAAGACAAAACUAUAAUUUUAAAAGAUACAUGCACCCCUAUGUUCAUAGCAGCACUAUUCAUAACAGGCAAGACAAUGAAACAACCUAAAUGUCCAUCAACAGAUGAAUGGAUAAAGAUGAUGUGGUGUGUGUAUAUAUAUACACACACAUAUACAUACGAUGGAAUACUAUUCAGCCAUAAAAAAGAAUGAAAUAAUGCCAUUUGCUGCAACAUGGAUGCACCUAGAGAUUAUCAUACUA